CUCCUUCACCUUCCAAACCCCCGCCCCCGGCCCCCGAGGCACUCAGCCUCCCCGGAGGCCCGGGCCAGGCCCGCCACUAUCCCAGGAUUCCCGGCGCCGGCUUCCUGCCCGGCUUCCCUCCCCGCGCCGGCGCCCGGGCAGCGCCAAGAUGGCGGACGGCGACGCGCCGGGUGCUGCCGCCGCGGCCGCGGCCUCUCCGCAGGCGUCCGCCCCCGGCCCGAGCCCGCCGCCGGGCUGGAGGGAGCGGCUGCGGGCCGGGCUGGUGGGCACGUGGGCCUCGCUGUGGUUCGUGGUGGGGCUGGGGCUGCUGUACGCCCUGAGGGUCCCGCUGCGGCUGUGUGAGAACGUGGCCGCGGUGACAGUAUUUUUAAAUUCACUGACGUCCAAAUUCUAUGUGGCACUUACAGGGACAUGUUCUUUGAUAUCAGGACUAAUAUUUAUAUUUGAAUGGUGGUACUUCCAUAAACAUGGCACAUCUUUUAUUGAGCAAGUGUCUGUAAACCAUUUGCGACCAUUGAUAGGAGGAACAGAAAGAAGCAUGUCAGACCCAGCUUCUCUUUCCAGCAGCAGAGAAGGUGAAACCGGCAGACAGAAUGUGUCAGAAUGCAAAGUGUGGAGAAACCCUUUAAACCUUUUCAGAGGAGCAGAAUAUAGGAGACUCACUUGGGUGACUGGUAAAGAGCCACUUACAUACUAUGACAUGAACUUGUCAGCUCAAGACCAUCAGACCUUUUUCACCUGUGACUCAGACUCUUUACGUCCCUCAGACACAGUUAUGCAGAAGGCAUGGAGGGAAAGAAAUCCUUUAUCUCGAAUUAAAGCAGCCUACCAAGCUUUAGAAUUAAACAAUGACUGUGCCUCUGCAUAUAUUCUAUUGGCUGAGGAAGAAGCAACAACUAUUGUCGAUGUUGAGAAGUUAUUUAAGCAGGCACUCAAGGCAGGAGAAACGAUUUAUAGGCGGUCGCAGCAGUGUCAGCACCAAAGUCCUCAGCAUGAAGCCCAACUGAGGAGAGAUACCAAUGUACUGGCUUAUAUUAAAAGAAGAUUGGCAAUGUGUGCAAGAAAAUUAGGAAGAAUAAGAGAAGCAGUAAAAAUAAUGAGAGAUUUGAUGAAAGAAUUUCCUCCUCUUACCAUGUGGAACAUCCAUGAAAAUCUCCUAGAAUCACUUUUAGAAUUACAGGCCUAUGCAGAUGUUCAGGCAGUCCUAGCAAAAUAUGAUGAUAUAAGCCUUCCAAAGUCAGCAGCAAUCUGUUAUACAGCAGCACUGUUGAAGACAAGGACUGUUUCAGAUAAAUUCUCUCCAGAAACAGCCUCCAGAAGAGGGUUAAGCACAGCGGAAAUUAACGCUGUGGAAGCAAUUCAUAGAGCUGUGGAAUUUAAUCCUCAUGUUCCAAAAUAUUUGCUAGAGAUGAAAAGUCUGAUUUUACCUCCAGAGCACAUUCAGAAACGGGGGGACAGUGAAGCAGUUGCCUAUGCUUUCUUUCAUCUUCAGCACUGGAAGCGAAUAGAAGGUGCUCUCAAUCUGUUACAGUGCACGUGGGAAGGCACUUUUAGAAUGAUUCCAUACCCAUUAGAGAAAGGCCAUCUAUUUCACCCUUAUCCCAGCUGCACAGAAACUGCUGAUAAGGAGCUAUUACCUACCUUUCAUCAAGUAUCUGUUUACCCAAAGAAGGAGCUUCCUUUUUUCAUCUAUUUCACAGCAGGACUGUGUUCUUCUACAGCAAUGAUAGCUCUUCUCACACACCAGUUUCCUGAAAUCAUGGGUGUUUUUGCUAAAGCUGGCCAGAAAGUACUUGAGGACUGAUUCUACAAAGGGUCUCCCAUACUAUUUACUCUUUUUACAUAAACUUAAAAUCACUAUCACUGGCUCAAAGUAAAAUCACCAAAGAGAAUUCUUGUGAAGUUUCUAAGCCUUAAAAAAAAAAAAAAAAGUGUCUUUCUUGUACAUCUUUGCAUGUUUACCAGGUAAUAAGAGUUCAUACCUAAAAAGAAAUGACUAUUCCUUUAUUCCCAAAUAGACGAGCACUGAGAACCAUGGAAACACUAGUCCUUACUUGGUAAUGUGAUUUCAAUAUUUUUCUCUAAAUACCUCCAUUCUAACUCCCUGUUUCCUCACAAUUUCUUUUCCUGCCUUAAGAAUAGUUUGUUCUGUGCCUUAAAGAUUAGUUGGUUUUCUUCUGGCACCAGUAGUAAGAGCACUGGUUUCCCUUUUUCCCUGAAGGUCAACUGUAUAAUGUGUUAAGUUGCCACUGGCUGUAGGCCUAGGAGUCUGAGACCACACUUGAUUUUGGGUCAAGCUUCAAGAAGAAUGACUUUCUCUGUUGUUCAGGGAUUAUAGAUAUUUGGGUUGGAAGCUGACUAUCCUUUUUUCUUUUAGUGUAAAAGGAAGCUUAGCGAUUAUACCAUAACUUUGUUGUUUGCAGUGGUGCUGAUGGAGUGAGUGCAUCUCAAACUGGAAUGACCUUACUGUGUAAUCCAGCAUGGGAAAAAAUGGCCUGCAAAGGGAAUCCCAUCCAGGUAGCAACUGGAAAAAAUGCAGCUCUGCAUUUGAGAUCAUAGGCAAGCAGUGGGAGUGCCACUUCAGUACUGGGUUUGUGUCAGGCCGGUGGGAAGGAGGGAGAUGUGGCAGAGUCUGUAGUAGAGAUGGGGCAGGUGUUAGUGGGUACUUCCAUGAGGCACUGGCUAAAAUGAAUGUGGCAUGUACUCGCCAUCAGCUCUGCCAUUGGUAUUGGCAGGUAGUGUCUGCCUUCCUGAGAUCACGGACGCACCAGAAGGGACUUGAAGCACAAGCUCCUUGGCACUCUUCUAGUAGAGUCUGAGAAUGAAUUUUUAGGAUUUUAAAGUGGAAGCUCCUUUUUUAGGCCGAAAGAUAUUAAUUUACUGUGAUUCUGGUUGAUGAACAAUGAACAGGCAUUUAUUUUCUAUCUUCUGAUAUAUGUAUAGUUAAUGAUAUAUAGUGUUAAAAAUGUGCCCGACAGCAAACUUUUACAACCAGUCCCUGUGGUUUUCAUAUAUAUGUUUUAAGUUCCUAAAAGCUAAGUAUUUGCUGAAAUUACCUGCAAGCCAAUAUUCGGUAUGCAGCAGUUCCCAGGGCAGGUUCCAUUUAAGAAUAAAUGGAAAAUGAUUGUGGUAUGGAAUGUCUCCAGCGUAUAGACAAAACCUAUAAGUGAUUCUUACAGCCAGCCGGCCAGCAAGGGAAUAAGAGGCUCGCAUCCUACAUCUCCACCACUUAAUAAAGCUUGUUCUGUGCGCUGGGACCAUCACCACUGAUGCAGGAACUUGUCAGAAUUGCAGAAUCUCAGGCACCACUCCAGAUGCCUGAAUCAGCAUUGUAACAAGAUCCCCAGGCCAUCCUAUACACAUAUUAAACCGACUUUACCCGCAAAAGAUGAUUUUAGAACACCGAGUUAGUACCACCUCUGCAAGGUGGAAGGGGCAGCGUUGCUGAGUGGCUAUGAGCAGAGGCUCUGGAACCAGGCUGCUUUUCUUUGAUUCUGACCCUACACUUAUUGGCUAUGCAACAUCGAGUACUUAACCUUUCCUCCCCCUCACUGUCAAGUGAGAAUAGUACUACCGCACAGGUCUUUGGUGUGUGUGAGGGUUAAAUGUGUUUAAUACAUGUCAAGUGUUUAGUACCGUGUCUGCCCAUAGUAAAAAUGAGGUGAGUGUUAGCUGUUGUUGCCACUGUCAUUGUCAUCAUUACCAAAGCACAGCUAUAGCAGGAGACCUUACCCCUUUCACAUUUGGGGAAGCUAUGUGCUGAGUGUAAACUCAAAAUGCAUUUCCCACAGUGUAAAUGGCGGUGCAAACAUGUAAAUAGUAUUGUUAGGACUGUACUUCUCGUACCUUAUGUAUAUUUGGACCACAGAAAGUGGAGAAAGGUUUCAACUUCUAGCCAUGGCAAACGUCUCAUGGAUUAGAACCUAUUGGUAAGUUUUCAAACUGCCUUUGUUAGGAUUUUCAAUUAAGUCAGAUAUAGUAGAAAGGAAUAAAGAAUUUUCUUGGAAACAUACUGCUUUUCUGUUCAGUAAGACAAAACAAUUUAAGUAAAUUUUUUUAGUUGUCACCAUUGUCUCUUCCUCUUCUAAUAUCUUUUUGUAUUAGCGCACAUGCUAGAGUAAAUUGUUUGAAUUUGUUAAAAUGUAUUUGUUAGAAAAAUGGCUUUUUCUCAAAGCAAGACACUAGUGAACAAUGAUUUUUAUUGAUCUACACUGCACAUCAGAUUUUGAUAAAUGGAAGGGAACCCAUGACAUGGUUUGUGAUUUUAGUUCCAAAAGAAGGAAGUUCUUUUGUAUGGUAGAAUAAAGUAAUGUGGAAUAAGACCUCAUUUUCAGUGAGUUAGGACUUAAUUUCUGAUUUUUUUUUCCUGGCUGAGAUAAAACUUAAUUUGACAUUAGACAUAGAGCAAUGAAAAAAAUUGCAUAAAUCCCUGGAGAUGUGGAAUGUGCUGAUAUUAGAGCUGAUAUUCUCCAAGGCCAGAAUUCCUGAAAAAAGAAAAAAUUGCUUUUAAGUGGUAGGUCAUUUUCUCACCUGCUUUGAAGCCUGCUGGGUUAAAUAUGAGAGUUCAAAGUAAGGGUAGCCAGCAAACAAGUGGGCUGGAAUCUGAUUCUGCUUGUCUGAAAGGAGCUUCUUUGUGCCAGAGCAGCACUGUCCUCUCCUUAGAGAGCCAGUCUUCACCGACUCUGGCCCUUUCAUUUCUCCGUUGCGUGCAAAGCUUUCUUCUGGGCAAGCCUUGGGAGGGCGUUAUCACAGCAGUGGGAAGAUAGUGUUGGUCUUCGGGGAUUUCAAUAACAGUGAUGAAUUCAGGCUUGUGGCAUGUGACUUUGGUGCUCUGGAUUCAGAAGAGUGUUUGAAUAUAAAAAUCCCUGGUUUAGUUUUAACUAAAUAGGGCGGCCUUUGCAAUGUUUUGGAGGGGGGGGGCUUAUGAGUAAAGACAAGAAAGUUCCCAAAUAAAUUGUUUCUGUUAAGGGAAAACGUUGUUGAAAUUUGUUUCACUGAACGCUGUGCUAGGGUGGGAAUGGACACUGUCUCCACAUAUUUCUACUAAUCUUUAUGUGGGAAAAUGUGGUUGGACAUGCCAGUGAUGAAUUUCUGAGCAACUCAUAAUUGGCUGGCUCCACUGUAACUGGGGCCUAACAAUCUACUUGAUUAAUUCUUUAAGGAGUACAUUAGCCAACUUGCAUGAUUUCCAAAGAUAUAGAAGGUCAGAUGUUACACUAACGAAAGACCUCUCUACAGAAUGUCUCACUGGGACUUCUUCAGCCUCUGCCCCAAAAUAAUUAACAUUUUUCUCCCAAAAUUAAAAAUAAUAAGCAGUUAUAAAUGCCAAAAUAUCUUUUACUACAUAGUGAUCAAAAUGUUUGAGGUUUGUUCACUAUUCUCAUCAUUUUUCCAGAGCAAGGAUUGUCCUCAUAACUAGGGAACUUGAUAGAAAAU